CAUGGGAACAGGUAAAUGACAAUAAUGCUGAUGCGGGGAACACAUGGAGGAACAGACAGAGAUAGAUGGGGCAAUCAACAAGGUGAAGGAGUCCAGUUGCAGAGUCGUAACCAUGGGGAAGGGAUGCAUCACGGCAACUAAGUACUUCCUGUUCCUCUUCAACCUCCUCUUCUUUAUCUUUGGAGCAUUGAUCAUGGGCUUUGGACUGUGGGUUCUCCUGGAUAACCAGAGCUUCAUCGCAGUUCUGCAGGAAUCCUCUACUACCCUGAAGGUAGUGUCCUACAUUUUCAUCAGUGUGGGGUCUCUUUCCAUGGCCAUGGGCUUCCUGGGCUGUAUAGGAGCCAUCUAUGAGAUACGCUGCCUGCUGGGCCUGUACUUCACCUGCCUCCUGCUCAUCCUCAUUGCCCAGGUAACCGCUGGGGUGCUCAUCUACUUUCAGAGAGACAGGCUGAAGCAUGAGAUGUCCAACAUCAUCAAGGGGAUGUUGGUCAACUACACUGGUCAGAACAGGACCACAGAACACACCUGGGACUAUGUACAGAGGACGAUGAAGUGCUGUGGUUGGACUGGCCCAGGCAACUGGUCGGAGAAUGUAUGGAUCAGGAACAGUUCUGUCUCCAUGUACCCUUGCUCCUGUCGGAACGAAACCCUGCCCGGGACAGACGUCAAGGAGACAGGGCUCUGUGAACACUUGUCCAACAUCCUCCCGGUCUACGAAACGGGCUGCAUGCAUAGUGUGGAGGGCUGGCUUCUGGAGAACUGUGGAGUUAUUCUUGGAAUCUGUGUUGGAGUGGCAGUCAUUGAGCUUCUGGGAAUGAUCCUGUCUAUGUGCCUGUGUAAGAGUGUUGUCCAGGAGGACUACACCAAAGUACCCAAGUACUGACUAUGAAGACCUGAAGACAGGAAAAUCUAUACACCACACAGCAUAGAAACACAGACAUGCAGACACACACUCUGACAGUGAAACACAGACAUGCAGACACACACUGACAGUGAAACACAGACAUGCAGACACACACUCUGACAGUGAAACACAGACACGCAGCCACACACUCUGACAGUGAAACACAGACACAGUGUCCGGACACACACACUCUCAAUCAAGCACAACAUAUGGACCUGUAUCUUUUUGGACACACACAUUUUGCCUUAUCUUUCAUAAAAUGACUUUCUUUUUAGAAGACACUGAUCUUUAGGUAUUAAUGAAUUCAACAGUGGAAUAUAAUGUAUCUGAUGGAGUGAGUGUGAACAAACACCCAUAUGAAUCCAGGAUGUUCUCAUCUGUUAUUUUCUGUCUCUUCCUGAAGCGCUUUUCGGGGUUGUUACGUAAUUAGUUAGUAAGCUAGCUUUGUUUGUGAGAGCACUUUAGUGACUUUUUGUGAGCUGUUGAUCAGAGAGAGGACCUGGACCUGUGCUGAUCUAUGAUCAGCUAUCCCCUUUCCAUUCUUGUCUAUUCAUUAUUAUCUAAAAGGCAACUGAUAGUAGAUCAGCACUUCUACUUUCUGAAGAUGGGCUUUGAGGAGGGGCUUGAAAUGCAACACUAUGGAACACUGUGGAGGGGGUACUGCAGGAGGGGUAUCCCGCAGCUGCUAUUUGUGGUGCUGGGGUGGGUUUUACUUUUUACUCCACUCUUUCAUCAGUCUCUCCACGGAGGCCUUAGUAUCUUCUGCCUUCAUCUGCCCUCCCUUUUUCUUACGGGUGUGUCUGGUCUGACUGGUUUCCGGAAAACGAGUAGCUACCAAGAUGAAUUAAUAGAUUUCAUUAAGUAUAUUAUACACUGAGUGUACAAAACCUUAGGAACACCUUCCUAAUAUUGAGUUGCAUACCUUUUUUGCCCUCAGAACAAGUCUCAAUUCAUCGGGGCAUGGACUCUACAAGGUGUCGAAAGCGCUCCACAAGGAUGCUGGCCCAUGUUGACUCCAAUGCUUUCCACAGUUGUGUCAAGUUGGCUGCAUGUCCUUUGGGUGGUGGACCAUUCUGGAUACACACAGGAAACUGUGCCCCUGACAUACCCCGUUCAAAGACAAAUAUUUUGUCUUGCCCAUUCACCCUCUGAAUGGCACACAUACACAAUCCAUGUCUCAAUUGUCUCAAGGCUUAAAAAUUAUGCUUUAACCUGUCUCCUCCUCCCCUUCAUCUACACUGAUUCAAGUGGAUUUAGAGCAGGUGUUCCUAAUGUUUUGUACACUCAGUGUAUAUGUGUGUAUGAUAUAUUAUGCUUGUGUUUUACUUUCUUUUAUUAUUUUCUUUGUCAGUUUUUCAUGGGAUUUUUAAAAACAUAUGACUUUACUAAGGGACAAAUUAGUGAUGGUUUGAGUCACUGAGCAUGGUCAGUAUUUUAUAUUGGAAAGAAAGCGAUCGCUUCAGCCCGCCUGCUCUAUUUUUGUUUUAUUUUCAGAAUGCUAUUCUUUGUUUCCACUCUUAUUGUGUGCACCCCAAAUUGCAACCUAUUCCCUAUAUAGUGCACUCUACUUUUGACCAAAGCCCCUAUGUAUUCCCUUUGAGCCCUGGUCAAAAGUGGUAUACUUUAUAGGAAAAAGGGCACCAAUUGGCAUGCAGACAUUGUCUCUUAUUAACUACAGAGUCUGGCUGGCUGAUGUAGUAGCUUCACUGCUAUUAUCGGCACUAUUUUCUGUGGAAUAGGCAGAGAAAUCGGGUCCUGACUUUAUGUAGCUAUUGUAGUCAGACUGUUUGGUGAAACUGUUGGUCCCCUUAGGUCUCUGGUCUUCAGCCCAAGAAUUCCACCACCAUGACUGUCAUCCCUUUAAGAGGUUGCUACAUUUUUCAUUUCAGCAUUACUUGUAUAACUACACAUUCAAAACAGAUGUAUUAUUAUUUUAUUAAGUUGGCCAUUUUCGACACGAAGAAGAGUUUUUAAUAAUAAGCCGAGGCAUUAUUCGAUCAGUGGAGGUAUGAAAUAUAAAAUCCCUGUGAAGUCCUCUUUGUACUGCCAAAUUGAGACUUUUAUAAUUGAACUUAUAUUGUGUUUUGAAAGUUUCUAUUUGACUCAAUAGAAACAUUCUAAAGUCAUGUAUGUAUUUGUUGUAUGUUACAUGUAGGGGUGUUCCUGGAGUUAGAAGCCAUGUUGAAAAGGAAAACAAUUUGGGAUUUUUUAUUCAGUAUCAAGGAUUGCUAAUAAACUGAAUCCAUCACAAACCAUUAGCAGUAUUAUAUGUUUUUAAGAAACUAUAAAAUAAAGGAUUUAUACUGUA